UAUACAGAUAAACAAAUAAACAUUAUCAUUUCUCGACGUCUUUCUCUCUCUUUCUUGAGAAGAGGGGGAAAGAGGGAGAAUCCUCCAAAGAAAAAGGAGAAACUUACAAAAUAACCCUUUAAUGCAUAUAUUUGAUCAAAAUAGUUUAUCGUUUAGUUUUAUCUCCCUUAUCUGACUGCCAAUUUAACAAUCGCUUAUACAAAGUUUUAAAUUAGUUUUGGAGUAGUUUUUUUGCUACGCCUCUAUUUGUUUCAGAGAAACAAUUCAAUAUGGGAGCAGAGAUAUUAAAUACUGAAGAUGAUCUAAGAAGCCAUAUGCCAAUAUCUACAAUUUGGUUUUCUCAUCGACAUAAAAGAUUAUACAAUCGAUUGAACAAUCUUGGAUCAAGAAGGAACAAGAGGAAUGAACAACGCAAAGGAUUAAAGAAGAAUGUAAGAGAUAAUAAUUAUUUAAUUAUAUCAAGCUCCCCUAAGAAAAUUAAUAUUGAUCCUAGAUUAAUAGACAACAAUCAAAGUCCUACAAACGAUUCAAAUUCAAAGUCAAAUUAUUUCCUUGCAUCCCCAGUUGGGAUCUAUGCUGGAUCAACUUUUGAUAUCUCUCCUUCACCGAGAUCUUUGCCUUUACCUUCAUUUUCGACAAGGAUGAUUGGCAUUGAUGGAUCAGCAACCAGGGAUCUUAGACGAUUGCUUGGUCUUGAUUAAUGUUAAAAUUACGUACCUACCCAUGAACAUCAAUAUCAAUGUAAUAUCUUAAUAAUCAACAACCCUAGAAAAUGCAAUACGUAUGCCAUUAUUCGGUCACAUCAAUGGUAGAUUGCAUACUAAUGUUAGUAACUAGAACAUGGAGUUCUAAAUAAAUAGACUACAUUAGUUUUGUUUUUCAAAUUUCAUUAUAUAAAACAUACUAACCAAAAAUAUACUCUCUUCGUUCUUGAUUA